CAUACCCAUUACCAAAUCCAACGCAAACCCAUUCUGACCUGAAGCACUACUUCGGCAAAAUAUCCCCAUUACAUUCUGCAGAAUUUUCAUUAAAUUCAUCAAGAACUCAUGGGUUCAGCAACUUUCGUAGAAGUAAUUCUGGCAAUUCUUCUACCUCCUGUUGGGGUCUUCCUCCGCUAUGGCUGUGAAGUGGAGUUUUGGAUAGAUUUGCUGCUGACAAUAUUGGGAUACAUUCCGGGAAUCAUAUAUGCCCUUUAUGUGUUGGUAGGAUAGCAUGACAUGCAUGGUUUGAUGCGGUACCAGAAGAUAAAUGUGACAUGAUCUGCUAUUUUGGACGUGAUCGAUGUUUUCUAGCACUAAGAGCAAUAUAUGCAGGAUGUUCUGACUCCUGAGAGUGGCUUUGAUCUGAUCUUUCAAAUCAUGUGUUGUUGUUUACAAUAAGUACUUGAGUAAUGGAAGUGUUUAUAUGUCUUUCAGCA